AUGGACGGCUCACUGGACUUCAAGGCUCUAAGGGAAUCGCUCCAAGCCGCCCUGGUCGCCACGACCCGAACCGCCAACUCAAUCGCCAGCGAGGAUCUUCAGUUCCAGCGCACCGUCAACCCGACUGUCGGUGGUCAACUCGACAACAGCUCCGGCCGCCUUCUGUCCCUGGCCAACGGGCUCCUCAAAUCAACCGCGAACCUCACCGGCCAGAAAGUUGGCGCUCUUGAAGAUGCCGACGAUGUGGAUAUCCAAUGGAGGAACAUUGUCGACGUGAUCGACUCGUUGCUCGAGAAAGCCGACACCUGCCUCGACGAGUACACGGGAUUGAUCAAGCGGAAGGAUGCGCCUACCCCCGCCGACCAGGGCCGCGCCCAAAAACGCGUCAAGUCGUCUAACGAUCGUCUUGACUGGUCAUUGAAGAGAGCCAACAUUCUAAAACCUCAGAAUAACUUCGAGAGGAAGGUCGAUAACUUUAAUACCGGUCCUUGGAAGCCUCUGUUGUCGUCCAAGCCUCAUGCCAAGGUGUCACUGGAAGACAGCCUGACUACCUUUGUCGACGAUGACAACAACACACAAUACAAACACCCCUACGAAACCGAGAUCAAGACGACACCGUAUCCUGAGCAUGUGUACAAGAAGCGCGAACCCAAGGAGUACCUUCCUAUCGAUUCGACAUCCGCCAUUUGGGUUGAUACUUAUGAGGGCGUCUUGGAGAUGUUGGAGGAGCUCAAGCAGGCCAAGGAAAUUGCGCUUGACCUGGAACAUCACGAUUUCAGGUCUUACACCGGACUGUUGUCGCUCAUGCAGAUCAGUACCAGAGAGAAGGAUUGGGUAAUUGAUACUCUUCAACCUUGGAGGCACAAGCUUGAGGUUCUGAAUGAGGUUUUUGCGGACCCCAACAUUGUCAAGGUUCUUCACGGUGCUUUCAUGGAUGUCAUCUGGCUGCAGAGAGAUCUUGGUCUCUACGUUGUAGGUCUCUUCGACACAUAUCAUGCUUGCGCCGUUCUCGGGUACCCUGGAAGGAGCUUGGGUUAUCUGCUUAGCAAGUUUGCCGAGUUCGAAGCCGACAAAAAGUAUCAGCUUGCGGACUGGCGCAUCAGACCUCUCCCCGAGGAGAUGUUUUACUAUGCGCGGUCCGAUACCCACUACCUGCUCUACAUCUUCGACAUGAUCAUCAACGAGCUCGUGGAGCGCUCAACACCUGGAAAGCCGAAGCCUGACCUUCUCGAGCAGGUCCUCGAGAGGUCCAAGGAUGUCGCCCUGCAACGAUACGAGAACCUUAGCUACAACGUCGAAACCGGCCAGGGACCCCGCGGGUGGUAUAAUGUGCUGUUGAAGUCCCCAACACUCUACAACGGCGAGCAGUUUGCCGUCUACAAGGCCGUACAUCAAUGGCGUGACAACUUGGCUCGUCGUGAGGACGAGAGCCCCUUCUUCUUCAUGACACAGCAGGUCCUGGCCGACAUUGCGCGGAUUCUCCCGACCGACAAGAAGGCUCUGUGGAGUAUCCUGGAUAGCAAUGCCAAGGGCCUCAAGUCUCAUUUGGAUGAUCUGUUCGACGUCAUCCAAAAGGCUAAGGAGGAAGGUGUGAACGGUCCCAAGAUGAUGGAUAUCUUCAAGAGCGAGUCAUUUGUCCUUGCCCCCGCCAAGAUUGCUGCGGUUAUCGCCGACGAUAGCGACAUUCCGGACGUCAAGGAGCUCAAGGCUGACCGGUCUCAAUUUUGGGGCGGCGUCACUCUGAGCUCAGUCUGGGACGGCACGGCUGCGAAGACUGCCAAGCUUGACGACGUGUUGGAAAUCACCCUUCCGUAUCCGGCCGACUUCAUGGACGGAUCUGCGGCUGAGAUGGAGGUGGAUCAACCAGAGGAGACGGUGCCAGAGCUCCAGCCGGCGCCGGAAGAGAUGACAGUCAACCAGGAAUUCACUCUUAGGAACGGAGGCAAGCGCAAGCGCGAGGAAGAGUCUGAGGAAGAAGAGGAGGCCUCAGAUGCCGAAAUGGAGGAUUCCGCGCCUCAGACCGAAACCGACGUGCAAACCGGUGGCGAAGCCGAGGGUGACGACUCCGACGAGGAAGAAGAGGAGGAAGAGGAAGAGGAAGAGGCAAGCGACAAGUCAUCCAAGAAAUCCAAGAAGGCGGCCAGGAAAGCGGCCAAGGAGAAGAAGAAGCAGGCCAAGGAAGCUCUCAAGGCUCAGCGAAGGGCAGAGAAGGCCGCCAAGAAGGAAGCAAAAAAGAAGGCGCAGGAAGAAGCUGCUGCUGCCGCUAAGCAGGUGGAUGGCGAGGAGGAGAAGGAAGAUCAGCCGUUUGAUUACUCUCAGGCUGCGUCGGUGUUGCGUGCUCGCAAGACUCAGGAGGACGUCAAGAAGGCGAAUAAGAGGUUUAACCCGUAUGAAAAGAAGUCUCAGGGAGGACCCAAGGGCGCAAGAGCGCAUUACACGGCCAAGGCGGCUGGCAGGACGGCUACCUUUAAGAAGUGAGGAGCCGGCGGGUGAGGAAGAUGGCGGGCAAAUAGGAUAGAUUAUGGAACGAUUAGUGCUGUGCUGGCCAUUGAUGCCAGUUAUUUUUUACUUGGACUAUUAUUAUCGCGGUGCGUUUUAGUAUAUGCGACAGGAGAAGAGAAAGAGAUGGCUUAUGGUAGAGACAUAGAUACCAAGCAAUAACUGAUGACGGCCAAAAGACGUCGAGUUUUCAUCCUGU